CCGUCUAUCAGCAGCCUGAAGGCAGGAAGAUUCCUUCUCUGCUCUCCUCCAAGGAACAUCAGCGCCGCUGGUGCCGUGAGGAAACGGAAAGCCUGCGGCUCCUUAGAGGGGUCCUGGGCUCAGUCCAGAGCAUCUCGCUGCUUUUUGUGGACUCAUCCUCGAAUCGAAAGGGAAUACAACAGAGCGGGAGUGGCUCCAGUAGGGCUCUGGGGACCACCUCUUCCCUCUCCCCCAUCCCAAGUACGGCGACAAAGCAUUGCGCUGUGCCACCAUGCGGCAGAAGGCGGUAUCGCUCGUCUUGUGCUACUUGCUACUCUACACCUGCGGCUGCGAGGAGACAGACAAAAGACGCUCAGGGGACGGUGACUCCGGGUUCUGGGGCACGCUGACCUACAUGGCCGUCGGAGGAGGGCUCAUGGCCAUGGCGCUGCCCGCGCUGGGCUUCUCGAGCACAGGCAUCGCCGCCAACUCGGUGGCUGCCUCGCUGAUGAGCUGGUCGGCCGUGGCGAACGGGGGCGGAGUGCCCGCCGGGGGGCUGGUGGCCACGCUGCAGAGCCUGGUUCUGGAAGGCAAAAGCCCAAAGAACCAGCCCAAAAGGACACAGCCCUUCUCAGAGUGGGCAGAGAGGAAGACAGACCAGGCUGCACCCCAGCAGUGAGAGGGGCUAGCGGUGGCAGUGCCCUCAUGGCCAAGAUUGGGGCCCUUCUGGGCUAUACUGUCCACAAGCAAAUCGAAAGCAGAGGGAAGGAGAGAGCGGAUGAAGAGUAGCUAGCAGCUCCCUGGAACCCCCUC